CACACUCCAAUAUCAGUAGAGAGCCACAUGCUGUGGUGAGCCUGCCUGAAAUCAGUCAGUCUCAGUAAUUCUCAGUAUUUACUUGAAUCACUGAAAGGCAAGCGAACAUUUAAAAUUGUGUGAAAAAAAGGUAAAGCCCAAAGGAUAAGUUAGACCGAUGAGUCGCCACGAAAAUGUCGUAUGCCGGGGAUGCAGCAAGAUGGGAUUCUCAGGUCGUUGCUAUCGCUGCUUGUGCUGCCCGAACUUCGACAUCUGUGCGGACUGCUAUGACCUGGACUUCACCACAGAGAGCCAUCUGUUCGACCAUCCGGUGAAGUGUAUGUACACCCCGUCCGAUGUGGAGCUCUACUUCGGGGGAGAGUACAUCAGCAGCGAUCCACCGCAGAGCUACAGGUGCCCCUACUGCAAGCUGUGGGGCUUCAACGAGGCCACGUUCCUGGAGCACAUCUCGGGCAUGCACGCCAAUGCCAGUCCCCUGCUGGUCUCCACCAUGAUCACCUUAUUCGAGCAGCAGCAGGCCUCACGCAUGUUCCUCGAGAACGAGCAGCUGGCCUCCAUGGCGGCGGCGGCUAACUCGCGCAAUGAGCAAAUGAAUCGCACUGAGGGCACCCUGGUCCUUCGCCUGGAGCCGCUCAAUCCCGAUGGCAGCUACCGAAGGGAGGACUUCUUUGAUGAUCGACGCGUCCUGCUACGUCGUCCCGCCGCUGGGUCAGCGGAGCUUCCCGAUGUGACCACUCGUGCAGGAGUGCCCGGCAGACGACGAAGCGGUCCCAGGGCAGGACUGCGCUUCAGUGUGCGCACAGUCGAUGGGGCGUCCCCGGCGAAUGGGUUCCGUCAGCAGCCCCCGCCCCCCUCGUCCUUCUCAGAACAACAUCGCAUGAUGAGCGACAUGAUGCGCUACUAUGAGACCACAACGCUCCCCAACAGCAGAUCAACUCGGGCCAGGCACGAAUCAUUUCCCCAAAGCCCAACCAGCGACCAGCGCUUUGGCCGACCAUCAGCGCGAAACUUUUUUCUCGUUGAUCCUCCCCCUAUGAUAAAUGAGUUCCUUGGUUCUGGUUCCGACAUGCCCCCCGAGAUGAUGAGAUGGCCAGCUUUCAUCGCCGCACCAACGAUGAUCCCCACGCACGCUUCCCUCAAUGUGGCGCCACGUGAACUAGCUGCCAACACACUGCCAUCCGAAGACCGUGAUGUCAUCACAAAAAGCUUGAACGAAACCCUGAUCCAGAGCCUGAUAGCCUCCAUGAUGAAGCCGCCACCAAAGGAGAAGCGGGACACCCGUUACCUCUGCAGUCGCUUUCUAUCGCACGAGCCGCCGGAGUCCCACAAGCAGAGCGCGUUCCUUGCCCAUCGGGCUGAGUUUGUGUCUCAGCUAUUUGCCUCGGCACUGCACGAGGUGGAGUCGCCCAUUCAAGCAACACAGUUGCAAGCUCUCCCGAUUAGCGAUGUCGCCGGUGCCGGCGAUGCGAAUUUAUCUCCCCAAUGAGCGAUUUCAGCUCCG